GAGGGUGGGAGGGGGGAGGGGGAGGGCAGGCGACGGGGAAGGAUGUCGAUGCGCCGCCGGUGGUCGGUUUCGGGGGUUGACUCGCGCCGCGGGGGCGAUGAGCGCACUUCCCUCCGCCCUGAGACUGACCUGCUGCCGUUCCUGGCUCCUGCUUCUCAUCUGCUUCGUUUUCCUGGUAUCCGGCUGCAGCUGCGACACGCGCCCGGAUCGCCUGACCCGCGGAUUACUGGCAGGUGAUGACGUGCGCGGAUCCAGCUACGACGACGACGACGCCGACGACGACGCGUAUGACGACGACCAGGACUACCUCGAGCACAACAUCACUGCGGCGAAGGGGCAGUACCUGGGCUCGCCGUGCGAUGUCUCGUGCAAUCCGGAACUGCAGCACGUGUUCUGCGACACAGUCACUGGUUUCUGCGAGUGCGAGAAAUUCUAUCCAGUUCGUCUUGGGCCUACCAAAGGAUGUGCCAAACCUAAAAGACUCGGGGAGCAAUGUUUCUAUCGCGCGACUUGCACUUUUGCGGAUCAACACUCGACCUGCACCCAGGUGCAGCACAAUGCUGUGUGCGACUGCGAACAAGGUUACCAUAGGGUCGCCCUAUCCAGGCCUAACAAGAAGGUGUUCUGCGCCGAAGAUCUGGUGCUGAUAACGACCGAUAUUCCGACCCUGCUCUGCAUAGCAUCGGGAAUAGCGGUAUUCACAGCGAUGAUAUGCUUCGUGCUCAAGUUAUUCAGUCGUGCGAGAUACUCAAGGCCACGGCACUACGCCAACGCCAAUCACGCGCCGCCCAUGUUGUUCUCUAGCGACACAGGUAUCCCACUGACGCUUCACGGUGGCCGACCAUCCUCGCGCUCCAGUCAGAGGAGCAGCACAGGGGGACCUUUGACCUACGCGUUCUCGAGGAGGCCAAGUAGUGGUGGUAGCCGUGGUCCACUGGUACCAGCGUCGAGAGCAGGUGCGGCACGUGCCGCCGCCAUCUUGCUUAUAUCGUGUCACCUGCAGGCGACCAAAGGCGGGAACAAGCAUCGACGUACCCUUAGCGACGUAGCUGAGGGAUCGUCCGACGGCCUCGGUUCUCGUCGCCCUAGCUUAACGUCGGUUCACAGUUCGACGUCCUCGGCCCGCAGUUAUAGCGCUCGACGACUGGAAAAGGAGAGAAACGAGAAGGAGCAACGACAGGCGUUGCAGGAACUCAGGCUGGCGAAACAGCGGGAGCAACAGCAGCAACAACAGCAACAAAUCGCCCCUACGCCUAGUCCUAGAACUCCGCACUCUAUGGACGAGCUGUUGCCAUCCGUGGAGGAAGGAAAGGAAGUGUUUUAUAACGAGCAGGUGCCGACCACAUCGGACAUGAGCGAAGAAACACCAGCGAAAACGACAGCCAUUACGACAACCAACGUGAACGCGACCAGAUUCGGUGAAAUGGCUCCCGUCACGACCUCGACAACGUCCAUCUUCGAAACGAACAUCGCACCCCGUGCCACCGGUGACAUCUUUCAAGUGUAGUUAAGGACUAGAAAUAUCGACGAACUCGUAACUCACGCGUGACUCGAAUCGAAUGGUUACAGGCCAGUGAAGAGACGUUAGUAAAUUCAAUACACGAACACGUAGCAGCACAGUUCCGAAUCGUAUAAAACAGAAACAAGAAGAUAAUGUCCCGAGUUUAAGAAAAAGAAAAAAUAAAUAAAUAAAAUGGCUGAAAACGUCAGGCGCCUAAGAGACACAAAAGGCUAAAAAAAACAAAGGGAAGUGCAGGUGUAAGAUGCUCUGUCACGGACGCGGUGCUCGAAUGAGAAGAAACUGUAGACAAAAGGUACAAAGAGGAUCGCUAAGUUGUUAAAGUUGAAGUUUUGCUUGUGCCACGCGCGAAGGCCUAGAAUUUACUCUAAAAUGAUACGUUUUUAUUAAAGCUAGGUGCAAAAUGAUAUGUACCUAUACGUUAAGCCAGCUCUGAGUAUUUAAAAAAUGAAUAUAAAAACGCGAGAUCGAAUCGAAGUUAAAAUCGUUCAGUGCUAAAAUACGUAAGAUUCGGGAGUAUAUGUGAAACCUGGACGUAGGUGCGGGGGAAUACGAAGUUGUACCUGAAUAUAGAGGUGGUACGUAUCGUGUAUUUAAGAGAUCAGAAAUUUCAGCGGAAUUCUGAUCCGGUAGCGGAGGAUUCUUUGUCCGUAAUGGUAACAAAAUUCAGAUGACAUCUUUCGGAUAAUUUACGUGCGUUAUAAAUCCCGAGAGUAUAAUUUCCAAACGACGAGAAAUUCUUCGAUCGAACGCUACUUCUACGUGCAAUGUCCUAUUUACGAAACUUUUGCAAAACUUGUGAUCUUUUGAAACUUUUUAAACUGUUCCUUUAUCCUUUUUUGUAAAACGAUAUUAAAACAGCAAAGCACGAGGUUUUAUAAUAGGUGUAACUCGUUUCGAAUUUUCGUCCCUUUACGGACAAGAGGAAGGGUAAAGUUGAUAUUCCAGAUGAUUUUUUACAGCUUAAAUUUUUUAAGCAUUUACGAAUCAUUGGUUCGACGAUAGAAUUUUUUACGAUGAUUCGAACGAUCAUUAACGAGCAAAAGCGAGUGAUCGAACAGAGAAAAAGAAUCGAGCUUCGAGUGAACAGUUCGAUGCUUUGUGAAUUAACUCCUCGGUACCACGAUACUCUGUUACGAUUUACUUACCUAUCAGUCUAAUUGUUUUUCCAAGUAGGAACGAAAUUAGGUUACAAACGAAGAUUUUACCGAUUUAAGAAGCGCAACGUUAAACUACAGUAUAGUUCUUACUCGUUGUUUCUUUGUACCUUACCGAUAACUUCUUACUAUGCAUUUAUUAAUCACAUAUCAGCAAUGGAAAAAAAUGAUGUCGGCUUUAAACGAAUUGUUGGAGAUACUAGAGAGAAAGAUGGAAAAAUAAUUAUCAUAUUAUUUCUAUAACUAUUUACGGCGAUACGUCAAAUCACAUGGUUACAUUCGGUAGAAGAGAACGAUAAUUGCCAUAAAUGUUUUGCCUGAAAAUUAACUCAGACUUUGUAUUUAGAAAGCACAAAGAAAGGAACAUGCUAUGUCCAUGUACAUAUUUCGUUUUGUGUAAAAAGAUAUUGAUAUACCGAUACGUUCGAUCGUUUCGUUUGCUCGAACCGACUUAGCUGCGAUAAAAAAAAAAAUAAUUGGCAGGGCAUUCUCGAGUGGGUCGAGGCUAAAUAUACCUCUAAUCUUAGGUAAAUUACUCUGUGACAACAAAAUAGAAAAACGUGAAAGAUAUCGGGCUGGUGCUUGGACGCGCACAACGAUGUGGCACCAGCAAGAAUCGUGCAAAAAAAAAACGCUACAAAAAAUAAGAAAAUAUGCAAAAAACUGUGCUACCACUAUUGCGAUCUCGUAAUCUCGCUUCUCUGCGACCGAAACUGCGUGAAGCACGAGCGGUUUCUCUCUUUUCCCUCGCUUUUUCUCCGGUGAACGCACUUUGACCAAACAUCCAAUCUCAACACACGCGUUACGAAAAUCAGAAUGAAAGAAAACUCGUUUCGUCGUGCGUUUCUUCCUCCGCGUACGGAGAUACGAAAUUAUUUAUCUCGAAUCGAACAACUCGUUCGAGGUACAUUGUGCAAAUUAGACGAUUAAAUAUUUCUCGUUGCCGUUUGACCAUCCGUGACGAACCGCUACUUUAUGGCAUACGAUCACGAAAUGUUACGAAAGAGUAAUUUCUGCAGCGAAGAAGCGGAUGAAAAAUGAACGACAUAAUUUAAGUACGUUUCUGUUCCCGUUUGUUAAAUUAAUCGUCGUUGAAUCCCUUUUCUUUCUGUUUUUUUUUUCUUUUGGUUUUUGUAAUUGUUGUUUAAAUGCCAAUGUAAACCGUCUCGUUGCAUCGGUGCAUACGAUUUUCUCGAGUCGCUCGACUCGCCAAUGUAAAUUGUAGAGAUAAAAACAAUCGUUAAAAGCAAAUUAUAUAUAUUCUAUAUAUACAUAUUCUAUAUAUACAUGUAUAUACGUAAGAAAGCGAACAUGAACGAGGGGCUGUAUGGAAUUUCACCGAAAGCGAAACUGACAACCAUAAAGAGAGAGAGAGAGAGAGAGAGAGAGAGAGCAAAAUCCCUUGUCUAUAUAGAACGAGAGAACAAUUAAACAAAAGAGAAAAAUAUGAAAAAAACGUGUAUCGACAUCUCGUGUUCGAAUAAUUACGCUGCCUUUCCCGAUCAAAUAAUAAUUAAAUAAAUCUAAAAGAAGAAUAAGAAAAGAAACACAGUAACAAAAAUACAGAGAGAGAGAAAGAGAAGAAGAAAAAGGAUGUAGAAACGAGAGUCUUAAGAACGUUCUUGCGACUACGCGAUUCUACGUUGUAAGUGCUUGCGUGAACCAAGUCAUUGAGUCAUUGUUACACACAUACACACGCGCACACACAAAAAUACAAAACACACAUACACGAUCCUCCCCAGAUCCAAACAAGAAAUACGAUAAAAAAAGGAUAAAAAAAAUAAAACAGAGCAUAUAAAGGCGCGCGGUAUGACGACGAUUGCACAUCCAAUUUAUCGAAAUCGAUCGUAUUCGAACGAUUGCCAGUCUCUAUUAAAACACACCGAAAGGAUUUAAAUUCUAAUGAAUUAUAUCGCCAGAACCCCGCAUAUUAUUAUCAUUAUUAUUAUCGUGAUUAUUAUGAUUAUUAUUAUUACGAGAUGAUUCGGCUCGACCCGCUGCCUGAUUUCUAAAAACCGAAGAAACGAACAGAGAGAUUCGAAAAACGGUCGAUGUUCAACGUUAUCGUUUUAUUCUAUUUUAAAUGUUUACUGUAUAAUAAAAUUGUAAUAUAGUCGUUGGGCGAAUAAAGCUCGUUUUUCGAUAUACA